AGAAAAAGAUUACUUCCGCGGUGCUCUAUGCAUUAGCAUUGUUUUAACGUUUUACUCCAACCUGUGUCACAUCAUGAUAUUUGGAUAUAUAUUGGUGCCCAGGGAACAGUAUUAAAUACACAUUAACUGGACAAGAAAAACAACCACUGAAGAUUGCUUGAUAUUGGUUAUUUGUUUCUACUAUUUAACAAUAAUACUGAGGAGUACUACUGAUUAAGUGAACAUGACGUUCCCAGCUUCUCACAAGACUGUAUUUAUUCUGGAUCAUAGCCCAGAGUUUGCCGAGUCGUGUCGGCAAAAUAUUGACUUCGACAUCUUUACCAAGUCUCGCACAACUGGCGUUAUUCCUUUGGCGCCUAUAGCUAAGACGUUAUGGACAUGUACCUGUGAAGCAACUCUUGAAUACUGUAGAAUUGUAAAUGAUAUAUUUCCAUAUGGAAAAUUGUUGAGAUUUAUUGCCAGUGAUACGGAAGCUCAUAUAUUGAAUUCUUGGAAACAAGAUGAACAAAGCAUAACACAGGUAAGGCCAAGAGAGGAACAAAAUGCCAGCAGUUCAGCUAACUAUGAUGUGGAAUUAUUACAUCAUAAAGAUGCCCAUGUGGAUAUGUUUAAUCAUUUGAGUCCAUCAGAAGUUGGUAAUGGUAUCACAUUGAAAUGGUGUACACCUAGAUCUAACACAGUAGAACUUCAUAACUGCACUGGAGCAUUCCGAGUCACACCAGUUGAUGUUAUCAGCCGACCAUCAUCUUGUCUGACUAACUUUCUGUUGAACGGACGUCAAGUUAUGUUGGAACAACCACGUAAAACAGGAUCUAAAGUCAUCUCUCAUCUCUUAACAAGUCAUGGUGGGGUCAUAUUUAUACAUUGUUUAUCAACAUCCCGCUCCACUUUAGAAGAACCGCCCUCAAUCAGUGAAGGGUGUGGAGGCCGAGUCACAGAUUACAGAAUAACGGAUUUUGGUGAAUACAUGAAAGAAAACCGAGUUGUGCCAAAAGAUGUUACAGAGGAUUGUGAUGAACUACCACUCACAAGAAGUAAAGCUCAACUAGAACGACAGACAAGACAUUGGCCUAUGGUUAUUAGUAAUACAGUUGUAUUUAAUAUCUUGUCACAUGUUGAUCCUUUACCAUCUCUGAUAACAAAAGAGCAUCUUGAUGAAGAAGAUAUAUUAGAUUGUAAGAAAUCCAUCUAUCACUUAGUAGGAAUGGAAAGUCGAAACGAGUCAUUACCGGUUCCUGUCAUGGGUACUCGAGGCAAAGGACCAAAAAGGGAGGAACAGUAUCGCCAGAUGUGGUCUGAACUUGAAAUGCUCGUUAGAUCCUGCAGUGAUUUGUCACCAGCACAUGAGUCGAUAUUAGACUGCGUCGUGGAUUGUAGAAAACCAUCAGAAGAUCAUGUAAAGAGUCCUAAAAGAAAAGGUGAAGUUAAAGAGGAAAAAACAGAAAGGAUUUCGUCAACAAUGUCUUCAUCAUCAUCAUCUUCUUCAUUGGCAACUGAUAAAGCAUGGCAAGAUUUAGACAGGUAUAAAGGGAUGAGUGAGAGAGAGAAAAAAGAUUUUAAUCUUGGUGACACUAACAACGAUCACAACCAGUAUGCUGAUAGUCCACAAUCACCACCACCAGUGAAAAAGCAGAAAACAUUGACUGGUGAAAAAUCCAGAGGUCCAAGGUCAUUUCUAGCUUUGUGGAACAACAAAUUGAAUUCAGUGUAUUCAAGGAAGCAUGAGGAGUUUGCAGGUAGAAUGUCAUCUGUUGGUAACAUGGCAGAACUCUAUCCUCAAAUGAAUGCUGAAGAAGAUGGAUCUCUUGCACCUACCAAUGGCCAAGGAUAAUGAUGCUGGGAUUUGGAAACUGGUUGAAUAUUUUUUUUUUUAUCUGGACUUAUUAUUCAAAGCUUCAUUGGUGCAUCAAAUUGUGUUCCUUUCAGGAUGCAUUGAUGGAUACUACUACCUGCAGCUUCUCGGACAAAGUUAUUACUGUUCAAUAUCAUAAGAGUGCUUUAUGUUUAAUACUAUUUGCAGUACUUUAUAUUAGUUUUUGCAGAAAAUAUUUUGGUUUCCUGAUGUACUGCAUAGAUCAUGGAUUUUUAACAACAGUAUCAUAAUUUCAUGGAAUUAGAAAUGUAAAUCUUUCUAUACAAU